CAAUUUUAAACUAAAAUUCUAAGAAAGUGAAAUGGCAAAAUCAAACCCGGAUUUUAAAACGCCGCAACCGCCGUUUCAAGGUCCUAUAAAACAGACUCUGUAUCCUUCAGAGUCUCACUCUUUACUUACUUACAUGUGCUCUGCAUCUUUCUCUCUUUAUCUUCAUCUUCUUUGUCACUCUUCUCUCUCACUCUGCACAAAACUUUCUUUUCUCUGCAGUUUUUUUCCAAGGAAUAUUUAUUGACCUUAAUAUUCAUCCCCAAACAAGAAAAAAGCAUCUCCCUCCUUUGCUUAAUUACCAAACUCUGAUUCCAUAAGCAUCUACCCAUAAAGCUCUUUUCUUCAACUUUCCCUGGAAAAUCUUUGCCUUUUUUUUCUCAUCUCCUCUCUUGUUACAGAGCAUCAAUCUCUUGUUUUUCAUUUUCUUUUCUUCUUUAUUCUUUGUCUACUUCACUUUUUCUCUUUACUUUCCCAACUUUCUCAUACAUAUAUAUACAAAGGCACAACAUAAAGAACACUAUAACUUCUUAUUAUACAGUAGCAGUUUUCAAGAAAGAGAUGGAGGCAGAAAAGAAUGUUGUCAAACUCUCCCAGCACAACAUCAUGACCGCUACUACAGUAACUCAACCAAGAAUCUUGAGAAUCUCUGUGAGUGAUCCUUACGCUACAGAUUCCUCCAGCGACGAAGAAGAUGAUUUUGCAGACAUCUCUAGAAAACGUCGUCGUGUCAAGAAGUUUAUCAACGAAGUGGUUCUUGAGUCUACCGUUUCUGAUAAAGACAGGCCAAAGAAGAAGAAGAGACCGAACACGAAGACGACAGCAUCAACCGCUGUUACUGCUCCGGCGAGAAAGUACCGGGGAGUGAGACAACGGCCGUGGGGAAAAUGGGCGGCGGAGAUAAGAGAUCCGAGUAGACGUGUACGGCUCUGGUUAGGCACUUACGAUACGGCAGAGGAAGCCGCCAUUGUUUACGACAACGCCGCUAUACAGCUACGUGGUCCAAACGCGCUCACUAACUUUCCUCCUCCUCCGGCGACGGAGAAAGGUGAAGAAGCUUCGAAGGAGAUGGACGGAGUUUCGGAUAUAACCACAAGCGGCGGUGGAGAAUGUCUCGGUUCGCCCGUUUCUGUUCUCCAAACUCCUUUCUCCGGCGAGUCUACGGCGGCGAUCGCGGUAAAAGAAGAAUUUUCCGGCGUAUCGACGACAGCGGUUGAGGUGAAAGAGGAACCGUCACUAACCGUCUCAGACACUUUCACGGAUUUCUCGUCGCCGUUGUUCUUACACGACGACGUUUUUGGUUUCCCGACGACGAUGCCUGACUGUUUUGGAGAUGAGUUUUUUGCGGAUAUGAGUUUCGGGUUUGGUUCCGGGUCUGGGUUUUCCAGCUGGCACGUGGAGGACCAUUUUCAAGAUAUUGGGGAUCUAUUCGGGUCGGAUCCUCUUCUAACUGUUUAGCACAUUAUCAAAAAAGUAACCGGCCGUUAAUAGGCAUACGGAGAAGUUUUGUUACCGGCGGUAAAUGAAAAAUAUCUGUCCAAGUUUUUAAUCAAUUUAAUAAAUUUGUUAUAUACACUUAUGACAAAAAGGGUUUGUUAUAGCAGGAAAUUUAAAUUUAAAUUUAACUUAAUGGUGAAUCUUUUACGUUAAAUAACGUAUCUUAACGGCGUGGAUGCACGCACGCGCGAGCUCGUCUGUGCAGAUCUCACGAUUUAUCUUUGCUUUCUUCUUUUGUUCUUUUGGUCGAAUCACGUGUUACCUCACAUGAUUGGAAUAAACGAAAAGCUUCUGUAAUUUUGUUGGUUACGGUUAAAUAAUUAUUCCAUUUGGAGAAAACUGUAUAGAGAAGAGGUUAAAUUACACGUGAGGAGAAUCGAAUCUCCGCAAGUGUCAAAGAAAUGACUUUACAACUCUUGUUAAAAACUUUAAAGAAAGCCAUAAACUAAACACUAACAUGUGUUGGAAAACGUCUACAAUAUACUAGCACACUUAUAACUCUAAAGUAACUUUAUUCAUUUCCAUUUUAGUUAUGUACACGUGACAUGUCUUAUGUAUAACUUUUGAUAAAAAAAAUCAUGAAAUAACUAAAAGCAUGAUGGAGAUGUUUUAUGAUGAGAAACUCAUUUUUUUAGCACACAUAUUCAUUCAUACCAAAAGAGUUUACACUUCAGCAGAGGAGGACUUAAGUUCAGCAGUGAGAGCAGAUUUAGCCACUAUACAAACGGAGAAUAAAGGAGAAAGACAAUACAUAAAAAAGUAAGAGAGCUAAAAUGAUAAAUAUCAAACACAAUACCAAACAAGGUUGGUCUAGACUCUCUACUUUCCAAUAGCUUGAUGAGGAUGAGAAAUAUCAAACACAAUACCAAACAAGGUUGGUCUAGACUCUCUACUUUCCAAUAGCUUGAUGAGGAUGAGAAAAUUCGACCGAAUUGUUAGAGCAUGUUUAUUGCAAUAACCCCUAAGUGGGCUCUUAACCAAUAUUUUAGUAUUAAAAGUAAGUUAAGAGUUUAUGCUAAGAACCACUUGAUUUUUAGUCCUCCAAAGCUAGGUUCUUAAGUUAAAAAUUCUUGCAAAAAAAAAAGAGAAUCCAUUACAGAGAAUCAAACACGAUAGACACAAACAUGAAUUUUAAUACUUUUGGAAAACAGAGAAUCCAUUAUAUGAUCCAUUACAUGAAAAACAGAGAAUCCAUUACAACAAACACAUACAGAAACUUAAACUUAUAAGCGGAAUACAACAAACAACAUAGAAAGGAACUUAGACAUAGAUGACAUAAACUCAAACAGACAACAAGUCAUCAAACUUAACAGUAACAGUCCGUAUAUAAACAUUCAUAUU